AUGGUCCCGCUCAGUCUCUUCGGCAUGAUGGCCGCAACACUCGCUCUCAUCAUAAGAUUAGGCUCGGCUUUGCCUAUUCCAGACCCGAUAUUACCAAAAAUCACAAUCAGACAUGACUUUCCACUACAGGCGCCCCGCGAGACUGGUGCGGCCGCCGACGUACAUGUCGCGAGAGAAACCGGGACGCACGGCAAACGAUGGCAAUAUUCGCUAUCAGACGACAUCAGGAUAGCACCCACCUCGACUCACACCAUGCUGAUGCCAACUCGAUACAUUCAAUCCCAGCGACUCCAGAGGGGGGCUAAAGAGCACCGUCCCCGGCCGAGGUUCUACCCUUUUGACACGGGUAAUGUGACGAACGCCAACGACCCUCAAAUAACGCAAGUUCUAUCUCCGUCUCCUGGGCCGGGGAAUGGGACCAACGGUAUUGAUUUGAGCUCUCCGAGCUCGCAAAACUCGUCCUCCGUUGAAUCUAGCGACAUGCAGGCAUCGACGGUCAUCGGGACCGCCACGGCCCUGUCAAGCGCCACAUUCGUCUCUGACAUUGUCACCGACUCCUCACCGCCCGUCCUUUCAGCAGACUCGACACUGACGGCAGCUGCAUGGGUGCGGACGCUUCCGCCGACCACAGCGCUAUCCACGCCCGCCCCUCCUGUGCCCGAGCCUCAACCAAAUCUGGUCACGCAAUCGUGGUAUUCCGGAACGACCAGUCCGUCUGCGGCUGAAACUUCAUCUCCCGGCAAGAGUGGAAACGCAGAUUGCCCAUUCCAGUCCGGCACACCCCCGACGCCGUCGGAUGCGGACAUGACACCCGAUCCGAGCUUCCCAGUUAUCGUGACCAUCUUUCCCAUCACGACGACUACUUCUGCUGUGGUGGUGUGA